AGCCAUUAUCCUUGCGGGCGAAGGGCUCGGAACCCCCGGUGCUGAGCCCGGGGUCCUCGGCCAGGAUGAGACGAGGCCGGCCCCAGGCCAUCUGGGAGAAAUCGAAGCGUCCCAGCUCUCCCCUUCUCCGCAUUUUAACGAAAAGGGGUACCAUUCGGUAUGGGUCCAGAUGCGCUUGUGUGGGUGUUGUUGGGGAGGGUCUCCGCUCGGGUUUGGGAGGCUGUACUCACCCCUGCCCAGAACUGUACUCACCCCUGCCCGGAAGACGCCUGGUCUCGGUUCCAUCCUCGCAGCACGCCUUGUUCGUGGCCUCAGCUCCUUCGGAUUCGCAGGCCCCAAGCCCUCCUUUGUCUCCUGGAAAUGGAGGAAGGAGGCUUGGAGCCCGGAGGGCAAACUCCGGAGGCGGCGGCGAGGCCCCGAGGGUCUGGGCUAGUAGAACCGGAUGAUGACCAUCACUUAACGCAAUGGUAGCAAAGAGGAAGAAAAAGACUUCACGUGUAGCGGGGGCAGGUGCCUGCGCGCGGGAAACGCCAACGUCCGUGUCCCUCCCGAAAGGGCAACGAGGAAAUCAUCCGAUUCUCAGAAAGCCACCGGGGGUCAUCUCAGCCCCGGGCUGGCCGGAGUGGCUCCGUCACUCCAAUCAUCCCGUCCCUCGGCGGGGCAGCGCCCGCCCGAGAACCGGGGCCUGUCACGGACGCGGGGCCGGCUCGCCGCCGCCCGCCUCGCAUGUGGCCGCAGGCACCCGGCGCGGAAGGUCGGCUGCCUGCCCUUACGCUUCCGUUGGCUUCGUUCAAACAGGCCGCUUUCGCCAGCAGCCAAUCAGCACGCUCGAUCUUCGGCCGCCGCCCAAUGAGCGCGCGGAAUGGGGGAAAAAGGGCGUGACGCCCAAGCGCAGCGCCAUCACACUUGAGGGCAAAGAGGUUAGGCAGCCGGCAUGGCGCUCCGGUCAAUAAAAUCGAUAGCUGGAAGCCGCCCGUGUUCCAGGCUGAGGCGGUGCGGGAGCGGCGCCGCCAUCUUCCCCGGAGGCAUCUUCCGGUGCCUCUCCCCCAAGUUCGGGCAGGAGUUGCCUGAAUAACAGCAGAAGGUUUCCGGUAGCCCCGCGGGGCGGCCGAUCCGAUUCCCUCAGGGCCUCCCCGGGCCCGCGCAGCGCCGGUGCGGCCGGGCGCCCCAGUCCGGGUCCGCCGCGGGUGCGGGCCGGGGAAGGCCGUGGCGCCGGCUCCCGCGGCCCGAUGGCGCCACCUUCGGCUCCGCUCUCCGCGCGGGGACCGGGACAGCCGGUUCCCGGCCGCAGGAGGGGAAGGAGGCCGAGGGCCGUGAGCUUCGCGGACGUGGCCGUGUACUUCUCCCCGGAGGAGUGGGGCUGCCUGCGGCCCGCGCAGAGGGCCCUGUACCGGGACGUGAUGCGGGAGACCUACGGCCACCUGGGCGCGCUCGGGCGCGCAGGUCCCAAACCGGCCCUCAUCGCCUGGCUGGAACGGAACACCGACGACUGGGAGCCGGCGGCCGUGGGCCCGCAGGAGAGCCCGAGCGGGGUCACAGUCCAAAGAAAAAGCAGAACCAGAAAGAAGAACGGAGAGAAGGAAGUGUUCCCACCCAAGGAGGCCCCCCGGAAGGGCAAGCGAGGCCGGCGGCCCAGCAAACCCCGACUCAUCCCCAGGCAGACCUCUGGGGGCCCCAUCUGCCCGGACUGUGGUCGCACCUUCCCUGACCGGCUGGCCCUGGAGAGCCACAAGUGUGCCCAGAAUCUGAAGAAGCCUUACCCUUGCCCGGACUGCGGGCGCCGCUUCUCCUACCCCUCCCUGCUAGUCAGUCACCGGCGGGCACACUCUGGUGAGUGUCCCUACGUUUGUGACCAGUGUGGCAAGCGCUUCUCCCAGCGCAAGAACCUCUCGCAGCACCAGGUCAUCCACACGGGCGAGAAGCCCUACCACUGCCCUGACUGCGGCCGCUGCUUCCGGAGGAGCCGGUCCCUGGCCAAUCACCGGACCACGCACACCGGCGAGAAACCGCACCAGUGCCCCAGCUGCGGCCGGCGCUUCGCCUACCCCUCGCUGCUGGCCAUCCACCAGCGCACGCACACGGGCGAGAAGCCCUACGCCUGCCCGGAGUGCGGCCGCCGCUUCCGCCAGCGCACGGCGCUCGUCAUCCACCAGCGCAUCCACACGGGCGAGAAGCCCUACCCGUGCCCGGACUGCGAGCGCCGCUUCUCCUCGUCCUCCCGCCUGGUCAGCCACCGGCGUGUGCACUCCGGCGAGCGCCCCUACGCCUGCGAGCACUGCGAGGCGCGCUUCUCCCAGCGCAGCACGCUGCUCCAGCACCAGCUCCUGCACACGGGCGAGAAGCCCUACCCCUGCCCGGACUGCGGCCGCGCCUUCCGGCGGAGCGGCUCCCUGGCCAUCCACCGCAGCACGCACACCGAGGAGAAGCUGCACGCGUGCGAGGACUGCGGCCGGCGCUUCGCCUACCCGUCCCUGCUGGCCAGCCACCGGCGCGUGCACUCCGGCGAGCGGCCGUACGCGUGCGACCUGUGCUCCAAGCGCUUCGCCCAGUGGAGCCACCUGGCACAGCACCAGCUCCUGCACACGGGGGAGAAGCCCUUCCCCUGCCUGCAGUGCGGCCGCUGCUUCCGCCAGAGGUGGUCUCUGGCCGUCCACAAGUGCAGCCCCAGAGCCCCGAACGGCGGCCCCAGAGCUGCUGCCGCGGGGGCCGCGCAGAAGGGCAGUGCCCUGUAGUACAGGAGGGACGGUAGAUUGUCAU